AUGCACAGCUGUUCUCUACACGAGUUGGCCCAACAUGCCUCUCCCUACAACAACAAAACUCUCAAAUACACAUUGACGCCAGACAAGCUCUCGCAGCUCAGUGAACUCAAGCUCAGGUCGCUUUACUAUAAGAAGCCAGACUAUGCCUCCAUCAGCUCCCAGCCAUGGAAGUCUCUGCCAAAAUACUUCAAGAAUGUGUUUAUUUCUUCACUUGCCCUAGUCAAAAUGAGCGUACAUGCCAAGCUGGGAGGAUCCAUCGAGAUUAUGGGCAUGCUUACUGGCAAAGUCGUGGGAACCUCGAUCGUCGUGAUGGACGUGUACUCUCUUCCAGUUGAAGGCACUGAAACGAGAGUGAAUGCUCAGAGUGAAGCGUACGAGUACAUGGUGCAAUAUCUUGAUCUCAUGAAGUCUGUAGGCCGUGAAGAAAAUAUUGUGGGCUGGUACCAUUCACAUCCAGGAUACGGAUGCUGGCUCAGUGGAAUUGAUGUUGCUACGCAGAGCUUGAAUCAAAAUUUUCAGGAUCCAUACUUGGCGAUUGUGGUGGAUCCAGUGCAGCUGUCAAACCAGGGUAAAGUCGAAAUUGGUGCAUUCAGAACGUUGCCCAUCGAUCAAGAAUCGAACGAGAGUUCCAAGGGAAAGAAAAUCAACACAAGCUCCAAAUCUAAGAUGAAGGACUUUGGGAUUCACGCAGAUCAAUAUUACCCUUUGGAUAUAGAAUUGUUCAAGAGUAAAGAGGACGAAAAGUGCAUCAAGAUGAUCCUAAAUAAGUCGUGGGCAUCAAAUCUCAUAUAUUCUCAAAGUGGCUUGCGUGAGUACAAUAAGCGGUUAGUUGAUCGAGUGGAGCUGCUUUUGAAUGACUUGUCGUUUUCUCGUGAUGCCAAAGAUACGAAGCUAGCGGGAUCCUUUGCAGCAAGCUUUGAGAUGAUGAUGCACCGUCAAGCACGUAGCGUGAAUCCUCAUCAGUCCGAACGAAUAGCUAGAGAAGUUUUUCAGGAGAAGCUAGGGCUAGAGAGAGGCGAAGAAGCAGCCAUGGGGGACCAAUUUGAAGGCGAGGAGGACGACGAAGAUGAUGGUGACGAUGACAACGGAGACGAUGAGGAUGAUGAUGAAGACGACGAUGAUGACGAAUAUGACGACGAGGAGCAGGACUCCAAGGCCGGCAGUGAUGAUCAGCAAGACGUAGGCGACGAAGAGGCGCUGCAACCCAUGGAUACAGACGGAAACCAACUGAACGAGGCAGACGACGGACAACUCGAAAUCGGGAAUGCAAAGAAGAGACUACAUAAUUCCGAAGAUAGCAGGUCAAGUCUCUGCCUCGGGAAUGAGCGGCAGCUUCAUUCCAUGAGGAAGCGGGUUGCAACCGGAGAAGUGGAGCUGAAGUUGAGCAAUGAGUUGAAAGCCAAAUUGCAAAAGGCCCAGAGCAAGCUACGAGAAGAUGAGAUAUAUGUCUCAGGAAUUGGAUAUGCGGAAUUACUACAGUUGCUUGCCAGAAGAGCUCAGAGAAAGGCUUUCGGGCUUGAUUGA